AUGGACCCCCGUUACAGUGCCCAAGACAUUAUCAUGUGUGAUCUGUGUCAAAAAGCUGCAUUACAGAGUCAUUGUGAACUUUGUCAGAUUAAUCUAUGUAAGGACUGUGUAGGGGAGCAUCUCUCUGAUUCAUCCAAAAGACACAACGUUGUACCGUACAAACACAGAAUUUCUACAAACUACCCGAAAUGUCCAACUCACACCCACAAACAUUGUGAACUUUAUUGUGAGGAAUGUGACAUUCCUGCCUGUUCUUUCUGCAUCUCCUCUGGGAAACAUAAAGGACAUGACGUAUCCGAUGCUCUGAAAAAACUGAGUUCUAAAAAAAAAGACUUAGAAAGAGACUUGAUGGAACUGGAGGAAGGAAUAUUUCCGACGUAUGAAGACAUUUCAUUAGAUUUAAACUCUGAAAAAGUCACCUUGGAAAAACGCUAUGAGAAACUGACAACAUUUGUUAACAAACAAGGAGAAAACUGGCACAGAGGAUUUGACAUCAUUGUUAACAAGCGAAAAUAUGAAAUUAAUGAAAUGAAAAAUAAACAUUUGACUAAAGUAAAUGAACAGGAAUAUGCUGUCAAACAGAUAACAACUGAAGUAAAACAGUGCAUUCUAGAUCUGAAGAAAAUACUGGACUCCAAUGAUGCCUCCCUUAUAUCUGUGUACAAAUCCAGGAAUGUUGAAUUUAAAAGUUUACCUCCUAAAUUCAACAUUUCAUUAUCAAAUUUAUCUCGUCAUCGGAUGAACAAAAACAAACUCCAUAAAAUGUUUGUUCCUCUGUCAGAAUUAUCAAUUGAAAUCGACGAACAUGUCUACACAAUGAAGACACCAGAAGCUGUAUACUCUGCUCAAGUCAGACCACUGCUUGAUGAACCAGAGCUCAUCACCACCAUAGACACUGGGUAUAAGGAACUAUACAGUGUUACCUGUCUCAGUGAUGAAAAAAUCUGGACAUGCGGUAAUGACAAAAUCAUGCAACUUUUUAACCUCCAAGUCAAACUACUCAAGUCAAUCCAAACCAAAUCGUAG